AUGUCGAAGGAAGAUUUCGAAGACAUCUUGUUAUGGAAGGAAGAAGAUAAACAUGCCAAAGCACAGAUGCAUAACAAAGAUGUUCAGAGUCCGAGCAUAUCAUCAUCUGAUGAUGAUGAUGUGGGUGGUCCAAUGGAUAGGGUAAUAUUCCUUGCAGCAACAAGGGGUGGAAAACAAGCCAGAAAGAGUCGCACAAAAAAGAGACCUGCUCCUCCCACAUCUAACUCUCUACCCAUGCAUAGCAAAGCACCAAUUGCAGAAAAGCUAUCCAACCGUUAUGAUACCAAGACAUGUACUGAUUUGACCUCAAGCUUGUUCCGAAGCAAACCUCGCCCACUCAAGACACCUGAACUAUGCCCCCUCGCUCCCUCAACCUCGAGUUCCAGCAGCCAAGUGCUGCCGUCUAGAAUAUUAUGA